AUGGACUCGUUUGAAGCAGCAACACAAUUAUCACAGAUUCUUCGAAAUCUAACUCCAUCAAUCCAAAAUCUCAAUCGAGCAGCUCGAUUUGCCUUGGUAAAUUCCGACAAGGAGGACUAUUUAUUACCGACAAUCCUAGACAUUAUCAAUGAUUCAAAGAUGGUGCUCAACACCAAAUCGACCAUAUUUCAAUUCAUAGAUGUAUUAAUAUCAGAAUCAUUCCAAUAUUCACUUCAAAACAAGUACUCAUAUCCUUAUAUUCAAGGCUUGAAAAGUGCAUUACCAGAAAUCAUCCAACAAGUCUUACCUCAGGCUAAUAACUCAAAUUUAUACAACACAUAUGUAUGUCUUCGCAACAUUUCUAAACAUUUCAAGAUCGAUUGCCUGGAAUAUAUCGAUAAGUUUCAAUGUAAUUUAUUGACUGAGGAAGAUAUCAGCAAAAUCGAAGGCAAUAAAGAGUUUAUACCAGAAAAAUACGAACCCAGUGGCGAUCCUUUAGUGACCGCCUGGAAAAUCCUCUUGGAAAAGAAAAGGCAGAGUCAAUUUGAACGAGCAAGGUUAUUAAAGCAUUCAAAUCCACUUGAUGAAAUUGUCGAUGAAGACGAAAUGUUUAACAUAAGAGUAAAAUCGGACAAGUCAAAUAACUUGCUUUCCAAAAGACAAAUAUUAUCAAGAAUGGAAGAUGAUAGAGAAGCACACAAACGAUCAAAGGAGAACCUUUGGGUAGUAAAUCGAGAUAAAAACUCUAGUUUUAUUACUGAGCAAGAAUUCCUCGACAAUUAUUGGAAUAAAUAUCAUCAACUAAAUAAAAGUGACCAUGAAGAAUUUUUGAAUUCUUUGCUGGGGUUAAAUAAAUUAGUAGCUGAUAGUUAUAAAGAUAAACAGUUUUAA